AUGCAGCUCAGUGACUUGUUGUUGGCCAUUGUCUUCAUCUCCCAGAUUUUAAUUGGGCUUCUAGGGAAUUUCUUCCUUCUGUGUAUUUACAUCUGUACUUUCUUCAAUGGCCACAAACUCAGGCCCAUAGAUCACAUUUUUGUUAACUUGACCUUGGCUAAUGUGAAAGUGCUUCUAUCCAGAGGUCUUCUUCAGAUAAUGUUCUAUUGUGGUUUGAAAAAUUUUCUGAAACCCAUUGAGUGUAAACUUGCCCAUUACCUUCAAAAUAUGUCCAGGAGUGUUUCCCUCAGCACUACCUGUCUCCUGAGUGCUUUUCAGGUCAUCACUAUCAGUCCCAGUAAUUCCUGGUGGUCUAAAUUGAAAGCCCAAGCUCCAAAGUACAUUGUCCCUUCUUCUGUGUUCUGCUGGUGCUUUUACCUAUUGAUAUAUUUCACUAUGUUUGGGAUCAUGCAUAACUUAAGGUUCAUGAGUAACCACACAAGAUGGUGGCAUCUGGGAUAUUGUUCAAUUGCAGCUCCUGUCUCAUUUAAUGCCUCAUUUUAUGUAAUUGUCUUCUCUCUUCCUGAUGUCAUUUGCAUAGGAUUCAUGAUCUGGGCCAGUGGCUACCUAAUUUUUAUUCUGCACAGACACCAUCAGCAAGUCCAACACAUUCACAGUCCCCACCUUUCUCCUAGAACUUUCCCUGAAAUAAAAGCCACCCAUGCAUGCCUUUUACUAGUGUGCACAUAUGUCUCCUUCUUUUCCAUUGAUUCUAUCUUGACAUUUUUUACUUUUAAAUUUGGCAACUAUGAUUCCUUUCUCCUUCCCACUGCACAUUUCAUGGCUGCAUGUUUCCCAGCAGUAACUCCC